ACACUUUAAAGCCCCACGUUGGAAAGAGGAGUGUAACCUUUAAGACGUUACAGUGCGUUUGAAAAGCCCACACACCGACAACUGGUAAGCUAUUUUUGAAAAAUGACUUAUAUCCUCAGGUAGCAUUGUCGUUCGAUAUCAUUUUGGAAUUUGAUGCCAACAAUCUUUUCUCUAAAGGUUACAUCAAUAGUGGAUUUGCCAUGACAUCUGGGUACAAAGACCUUCAUCAAUCCAGCACUCUGUCCUCUAUUUCAGAUGCACACUUAUUACCUGGCGUCAGAAAGGCAGGGGAUGGAGUCAAAGCCGAGCACCAGAGGAGGAAAGUAGCGCAUUUCAGCUGUCCAGACCCGGACCAGGAGGCCAAGGCCCGGCAUCAGGCUCAGCUCGAGCAGCGCCAUCUAGAGGCCUACAGGAACAUGCACCGUCUCAGAGAUGCCCUCCGUCACCGCUACGCUGCCCUGCUCAAAGUCAAGGUUCACUCACAAAGAUUACUGCUGCAGCAGAGAGACGAAGCAGCCAGAGCAAAGUCAGAGAGGGAAUCUCAGCAGAAACAAAAGAAGUUGGCCUUCUCCAAACUGCAGCACAAUGACUCGUACCUGAAGUCCCUCCCCAAAACCAGCUAUUACCUGAUCUUUGACCUCCAGAGACAAUUAGCUGAGCGUGGACAUCUGAAAACCCACCACGUCUUGGAGGACUUUUAUAGGCACAUCACAUAUAACUGUCACCCAUCACAGCUGCAUACAAGUCUGGAGGAUGUCAGGACAAGGAUGCUGGAAAGCAGACCUGCAGCUGAUUUGAUGACUCACAAGACUUCAGGAAAACAUCCCUGCACUGCUGAAAAUAGAGGACAUGAAGGCCAAUCCAGGAGGAGACUACCUACACUGUUAUUAGAGCGAGAGUCCUGUCUAGGGGAGAGUUCGACGGAGCAGAACUUCGGUGGCAGCCAGGAGAAGGAUGAAAUUGAGCAAAUGUUUCCCAAGAUGAAAGCCCCCACAUUUGCAACCCUACAUCCUGACUUUAUGAGGAACUUCCAGAGCAAGAUGCCUGAUUUGAUUAUCCCUGAGAUUCCUGAGAAGAGCAGGAAAGCAGAGAUUUACUUGAGACGGCUGAGACAAAUGCAUGAUCUUUGUUUGACCAACAUGGCUUUCUCCCAAAGACUGCUGGAGAGGGAGACAGACUCACUGUGCUGGCAGGAGGAGCGAGGCAACCAAGAUUUGAUGCUUCCAGGCAUUGACUCCAAGACGAGCCAAACCAACCAGGAGCCUCUCUGCUCUCCAAAACAACAAGGAAGUGUUCGGAGUGACCGGCCUUCAUGUCCCCAGGAGCUGAGCAGAAUGACCUCGGCCAGCCAUCAAAGUCUUCAGACUCUGGUUUGGGACACAGCAGCGUGCUGUCGUAAAACACCUGAUCCCUUGUCCAUUGAAGAUGUGUGUCAACAAAAGCAUGUAGAGCCCUGGAGCUGUUGGACAGGAUGGCCUCCGGCGAGUGUCCCGGGAAAGCCAGUCAGAACCGGGUGGAUCACCUUCUCAGCGCCGUGGAGAGUGAGCUGCAGGCCGGCAGCGAGAAGGGUGACCCCACUGAGAAGGAACUCAAAGUGUCUCUGGAUGAGAACGAGCUUUGGCAGAAAUUUAAGGAUCUUAUAAAUGAAAUGAUAGUUACAAAGAAUGGCAGGCGCAUGUUUCCGGUGCUGAAAGUGAACGUGUCCGGAUUGGACCCGAACGCCAUGUAUUCUAUUUUGCUGGACUUCGUAUCUGCGGACAAUCACAGGUGGAAGUACGUGAA